GACCUGUCAAACAACACACGCCAUCUUGACAGCAGCCUCAAAAUGGCAGAAAGAUGUGGGACACAAACCGAGUCCACACCGAGGUCCCGGCUCUGAGUUGCGCGGAGGCGGACUCGUCAGUUUGAACACGACCCGGCGGUUAUGGGGCUGGAGUCCAGCGAGGCGGCACCGAGUCUGUAAAAUGGACAUAUCGACGGCGGUUUUCAACGCCGCCAGAGAUGGUAAGAUCAAACUUAUCCAGAAGUUACUGGGCAACAAAUCUCCCGAGGAGCUGGAGGCUUUGGCCGAGGAGAAGACCCAGGGAGGCACUCCUCUGCUCGUAGCCUCCAGAUACGGACACCUGGAGGUGGUGGACUACCUCCUGGAACACUGUAGAGCUAAUGUCGAGCUCGGGGGCUCGGUUAACUUUGACGGGGAGACCAUCGAGGGGGCUCCGCCGCUGUGGGCGGCUUCGGCAGCCGGUCACCUCCCCGUGGUGAAGACGCUGCUGAGACACGGAGCCUCCGUGAACAACGCGACGCUCACCAACUCCACGCCGCUGCGGGCCGCCUGCUUCGACGGACACUUGGAGAUCGUGCGCUACCUGGUGGAGCACAGAGCCGACAUGGAGGUGGCCAACCGCCACGGCCACACCUGCCUCAUGAUCUCCUGCUACAAGGGCCACAAGGAGAUCGCCAAGUUCCUCCUGGACCGCGGCGCCGAUGUCAACCGCAAGAGCGUGAAAGGCAACACCGCCCUGCACGACUGUGCGGAGUCGGGCAGCCUGGACAUCAUGAAGAUGCUGCUCAAGUGCAGCGCCCGCAUGGAGAGAGACGGGUAUGGGAUGACCCCGCUGCUCGCUGCCAGUGUCACGGGUCACACCAACAUCGUGGAGUAUCUGGCUCACCAGCCCCGCACCUCCAGAGAGGAACGCAUCGAUGCACUUGAACUCCUUGGGGCUACGUUUGUGGACAAAAAGCGUGACCUCUUGGGGGCGAUGAGGUACUGGAGGAGGGCCAUGGAGCUUAGGCUGCCCGGGGACAAAGCUGGAUCCCUGGCCAAGCCUCCACCUGGUCCCCCGAUCCCUGCUUAUGGCUGUGCUCAGGAGGUGAACACAGCUGAGGACCUGGAAGCUUUGAUCACAGACCCAGAUGAAAUGAGGAUGCAAGCGUUGUUGGUUCGGGAGCGCAUCCUGGGGCCGUCCCACCCAGACACCUCUUAUUACAUCCGCUACAGGGGAGCUGUGUAUGCUGACUCAGGAAACUUUGAACGUUGCAUCAGCCUGUGGAAAUACGCUUUGGACAUGCAGCAGAGCAACCUAGACCCCCUCAGUCCCAUGACGGCCUCCAGUUUCCUUUCCUUCGCAGAGCUCUUCUCUUUUGUCCUUCAAGACCGGGCCAAAGGCACCCUGUCGACGCGCGUCACCUUCCAUGAUCUGAUGACCGUGCUGGGGAAAAGCGUGAGGGAGGUAGAGAGAGCUGUGGCACAGAGGGACAACCCCCCAGAGGCUCCACAGUUCACCAAGGCCCUCUCCAUCAUCCUCCACCUCAUCUUCCUGCUGGAGAAGCUGGAGUGCAGCGCGGAGCAGGAGCAUCAGAAGAAGCACACAGUGUAUCGGCUGCUCAAACUGAACCCUCGAGGCCGGAGCAGCUUCACUCCUCUCCACAUGGCUGUAGACAAGGAAACGACGUCCGUGGGCCGCUACCCGGUCGGCCGCUUCCCCUCCCAUGCGGUGGCAGCACUGCUGCUAGAGUGCGGCGCAGACGUUGAUUCUCGUGACUGCGAGAACAACACGCCGCUGCACAUCGCUGCUAACAAUGGUUGUCCAGAGAUUAUGGCACUACUUAUGAAGGCUGGGGCUCACCUUGACGCUACGAAUGCACAGAGGAAGACGGCCUAUGAGCUGUUGGAUGAGCAGAGCAGUGGGCACCCGGCCCUCUACCCGCUGAACUACAUCACCCUUCAGUGCCUGGCGGCGCGUGCUAUUGAAAAGCACAGACUGCCCUACAGGGGACUCAUCUCUGAGGAGAUGGAGGCUUUCAUUGAGCUGCACUGACUUCCACUACUUUCCCCGGCGAGGAACCUCUGCACUACUCCUGAUAUUGUCCCAUUUUAUUUUAUUUUAUUAUGACCUGCCACAAACACUGUCCUCCACACCGUUCUCUUCGUUGUGGCCCCUUGUUUGACUUCUGCUUUGCUCCCGGCCCCAACAUAAUUAUGGUCAGACUAACCAUAGCAAUAAACAUCCAACCUCUGGGCUUGAGUCUUUGGCUUAGACCUGGUCAGGUAUGGGAUAAUUCUCACACAGA